UUCUACAACACCAUACCAUCUGAGAACCCUCUGUAGUUUAUUUCCCUUCUUUCCACACUCUCCCUAAAUGGCUUCUUCUAUUGCCUUAGUUUUCAGUGUUUGUCUAGUACUCAACAUGGUCAUGCCAACCCUUGCAGCCACCCACACAGUGGGAGAUACCUCAGGUUGGGCAAUUGGUGGUGAUUAUAGUACAUGGGCUAGUGGAUUGAAAUUUAGAGUUGGAGAUAGUCUUGUUUUCAAUUACGGUCCUGGUCACACUGUGGAUGAAGUGAAAGAAAGCGAUUACAAGAGUUGCAGUACAGGAAAUUCUCUGAGCACAGACAGCAGCGGCGCCACCACCAUUACCCUGAAGACUGCUGGCACUCAUUACUUCAUAUGUGCUGCUCCUGGCCAUUGUCAGGGUGGCAUGAAGCUUGCUGUUAAGGUUAAGGCUAAAAAGGUUUCUGAUUCUGCUGCAGCACCUUCACCUGCUAAGGACUCACCACCCUCUGACUCUGACAACACCAAAGACACUCCUACUACUUCCACCACCACCACCUCUACAACACCAACCUCCACCACCCCUUCUACUUCAACCUCCUCCACCACCACUGCCACAACAUCAUCAGCAAUUCCUUCCUCACCAAUUGGUGUUGCUGUGUUUAUUGGUUGUUGGAUCUCAUACUUGGGGUUGCGUCUGCUGUGAAUUUGAGGAGUUUUUUGAGUCAGGACAGAGGCAGUGCUUCCGGGGUUUCUUUGCUUUUCAAUUUGCUCACUUUGAUUUCUCCUUUGAUUCAAUUGACCCAUUCAGAUUUUGCUACGAGGCUAUGACUUUGGGUGAUAUUUAUCCUAAUUUAUGUUUCUUGUAUUUUCGAUAUAUUGUUUAAUGAAUAUGGCGACAAGUGAGGGGAUCUACUGCUAAAUAAUUUGCAUUGCAAA